AUGGCAGACCGAUUCCCCUCAUUAGACGAGAUUGACGCCGGCCAGACCGAAGCGCGCGGCGAUGCGGCAGACUUUGACAUUAGCGGCGACAACGAUGCCAGCAACUUCCUCGACCGUGAACGCGCGCUUCUUGGCGACGAUGCCGACCAGUUUGCUUCGGAAAACGACAGGGCAGCGACGGUCGAGGACGGCGAGGAUGACUUGCUUGGGGGAGACUUCAGCCAGGCCAACGUCGGCGGCCAGGAGAUGAGCGGCUUCGAGAGCUCCUUCCCCGCCAUUGACACGACCAACGACCACAUGGCUCCCGGCGGAACCAUCACAGGCUCAGGCCUGCCCUUCCUCCCCGGCCAACCAGCCCCAUCCUUCACCCCACAGCGCUCAGACUCCCCAGAGCCCGACGUCAUCCGCGAAUGGCGCGAGCGCCGCGACCUCCAGAUUCAACACCGCGACGAGGUCUCCCACGACCGCAAACAGAAAACCAUCCAGGAGGCGCAGCAAAACAUCGACGACUUCUACGAGAACUACAACAACAAGAAGGACAAGGAGAUCGCCAAGACACGGAAGGAGGCUGAGGAGUUCCUUGCAAACCGCGAUGACACCACUGCGGGCGGUACGAGCUGGGAGCGCAUCGCCAAGUUGGUCGAUCUGAGCGGAAAGGGCACCAAGGGCGGCGCGUCAGGCAGCGAGAAGGCCCGCUUCAGGGAACUGCUGCUCAGUCUGAAGAAGGACGAGAAGGCACCGGGUGCGACUGGAUACUAG